AGGAGCUGCCGACUGGGCCAAUGAGGGGGCAGCCUCGCUCGUUCCCGGGCUGGCGCAGGGAAGGUUGCCCCUCUCGCCCUUCGGCUGGCCGCUCCGGCGACUGAAUACCAGCUGAGCUCGUUGCCUGAACCGCGCAUGGAGUCCCAAGGGCGGCUGGAGGAUUUGAAGGGGGCACAGGAGCCCGGCGUCGCCUUCGAAGCUCGGCUUCCCUCGUAAAAGCAGGAAUAAAAAAGAUAAUCCCAAAAUCCUGGCAUUUUUGGUCUGAGGACCUGCUGAAAAUAAGGAAGGGGUUGUGGCAUUAAGGAAUGCCUGUUAAGUUGAACAUUGCUCUGCUAGAAGUUGAAAAAAAAUGCCUGUAACAGACCAGGCUUUUGUGACUCUUGCCACUAAUGAUGUUUAUUGCCAUGGAGCUCUGGUUCUUGGACAAUCCUUGAGGAAUCAUAAAACAUCUAGAAGACUGGCAAUACUAAUUACACCUCAAGUCUCUAGGGAAAUGAGGGCUGCCCUCAGGACCAUCUUUGAUUCCGUGGUUGAUGUUAAAGAAAUUGACAGCAAUGAUUUGGUGCAUUUGACUCUCCUGAAGAGGCUUGAACUGGGUGUAACCUUUACCAAACUGCAUUGCUGGACUCUUACUCAGUAUAGCAAAUGUGUCUUCAUGGAUGCAGACACAUUGGUGCUUUGUAAUGUUGAUGAACUCUUUGAGCGGGAAGAAUUAUCAGCAGCUCCAGAUUCUGGUUGGCCAGAUUGCUUUAACAGUGGUGUCUUUGUUUUCCAACCUUCUUUGAAAACCUUCAAACAGCUUCUCCAGUUUGCCAGUGAACAUGGUAGUUUUGAUGGAGGUGAUCAGGGAUUGUUAAACAGUUUUUUCAGCAGCUGGGCAACCAAAGAUAUAAAUAAACACUUGCCAUUUAUCUAUAAUCUAAGCAGCAGCACUCUCUAUACAUAUGCCCCUGCUUUCCAGCAUUUUGGUAAAGAUACAAAGGUGAUUCAUUUUUUGGGACCAGCGAAACCCUGGAACUACAAGUACAAUCCCCAGACGAGAAAAGUUACACCAAAUGAUUCAGCUUCUGUAUCUGAAAAUCAGCUGCCAUUCCUAGAACUUUGGUGGAUAAUAUACAGCUCCUGUAUAUUACCAUUACUAGAAAAAGUACCGGAGUCGCCAAUCCAGCAAAAGGAGCCUGAAAGGAAUAAUGAUGAGCUGAUAUCUGAAAGCGAAAAUCCUCUUAUCAACAAUUCUUUGCCAGCCUCAACAAAUACAGGAUAUAUUUCAGAAUCUGUUGUAAAUACAUCCUGUGAGUUAUCUGCCAAAAAUAAUAUUGCUGUAAAGAAAGAUGAAUGCAGUCUUGAAGGUGAUAUUGUUGAUCCAAGCAAGUCCUUCACGGAGUUGUCUGUUCAGCCUGUUCCUCUCCUGACUAUGAAUGAAUUUGUCAGCCCUGUUGCUAUUCAGCCGGAGGCAAAGGAAUCAAGUGCAGAAGAUGAACGAAGGAAGUGGGAGGAAGGCCAUAUUGAUUAUCUAGGAAAAGAUGCUUUUGAAAACAUCAAGAAGAAGUUAGAUGCUUUUUUAUUAUAGGUGUUUUUUCUUAUCCUUAUUGCAAUUGAUCUGUUUACAUUUGCAGAGCACGCAAAACCUUCAGGAUUACACCUUUGGUUUGGUGAAAGGGAAAUUUCGGCAAAAAUAGAUUUUUUGACAUGACUAAACUUGCAAGCCUAGAUAAACAUGUAUUUGCCAGUGUUUGCUUUCAAAGAAUAAAAUGCAUGGAGCUUUUAAGCUUUCCUUCGCUGAGUCAAACUUUGGUUUAACUUCUCCAGAACCUUCCUUAGCUUAGGAAUAGCCUCUACAGCCUUGCAUCCUGUAAACUUUCUAGCUAGAAAAUUAAUCUGAAACUAUAAUAAAUGGCUUUAUACUUGUAGAACAAAUACAUUUUCCAUACUAGAUUUGGCAUAGAAGAGGGUAUAAAAAACUUGAAAGUAAAAGACGCAAACACUUGAAACAGGGCUAAUAAGCACACAUAAGGACAUGAUCAGUGGUGGGUUGCUACUGGUUCUGACUGGUUCUUAAGAACCGCGGGCAAAAAUCUGGCCAAGUUCACAGAACCGGUAAUGAUACCCAGCUGGCCAUGCCCCCGAACCGGUUCCCUUGGCCGAAGAGGUUGCAAAAACAAAAGGUUUUAAAAGGCUCCUCUGGCGAUCCCAGCUGAAUUGCCUGAUUACCAGAACCUUUAAAAAAACAUGUUUUCUACAAGCUCUUCAGCUGAACAGCUUUUAGAAAAAACCCUUUUAAGAGAUUGCAAUCAUCUGGGCUGCCAUGAGGCAACUUCAGCUGGGAUCGUCACAGGAGCCUUUUAAAAUCCUUUUUUUCCUCUGGCGAUCCCAGAUGAAUUUCCUGAUCAUCACGAGCUUUUAAAAUCACUUUUUUACAACCUCUUACAACCACCCAUGCCCACCCAAUCGCCCCCUCCCCCACUUACCUAAUUAUCGCUCCUUUAGGGCUUGCAAAGCCAUGGCUUCUGCAAUCGGUUGCAUUAGCUAGCAACUCAAUCUGCCUGCCUGCAAUCCAUAUUCUCGGUGAGCAAC